AUACGACGUCGGUUUCAGCUCCACCUUUCUGGGUCUUCUUCUUCCUUUAUAGACGACGAACGACGAGGAAUAGUGAGAUCGGAGGAGGAGAGAAACAUGGAUCAAUUCACAGGAGGAGGUAACAAUUGGUCGAUGAUCCCAAACGUGCAGGCGCAGGGUAACUACGGUACACCGACGAAUCAUGACCAGCAGCUAUACAACCUCCAGCAACAACAACAAUUACAACAGCAGCAACAACAACAACAACAGUUUCAUCAUCAACAACAGCAACAAUUCCAGCCGCAACAAGAUAUACAGCAAUUUCAGCAAUUCCAACAACAACAACAACAACAACAAUUCAUUCAGCAACAGCAAUUCCAACAACAACAACAGCAACAACAACGGUUCAUACAAUCUCCUCCGCCUCCUCAGCAGCAGCAGCAGUCGUUGCAAUCGCCUCCGCCACCGCAAACAAUGGUUCAUACGCCUCAAUCUAUGAUGAUGCACACACCGCAACAGCAACAACAGAUGGUUCAGACUCCGCAACAGCAUCAGUCUUUAGCUUCUCACUUCCAUCUUUAUCCCAUGGUGGAGAAAUUAGCCGAUGUCGUUGAAACUGGAACACGAGAUCAGAAUUCUGAUGCCCUGGUGGCUGAAUUGAAUAGCCAUUUCGACAAGUGUCAACAGCUGUUGAAUUCGAUUUCUGGGUCACUAGGAUCUAAGACUAUGACUGUUGAUGGCCAAAAGCGAAAUGUUGAAGAGAGUGAGCAAUUGCUUCAACAAAGAAGGGAUUUGAUUAUGGAGUAUAGGAAAUCUAUUGAAGAGAUUGUCAAGAUCGAGCCUUAGUUCCUAAAUAUUUAAAUAAGGAGGUGGUUUUCUUCAUGAUUUUUUUUUUUUUUUUUUCAUCAGAGUACAAUGCAUUAUGUGUUUUGUCUGCAUCAAACAAAAUCUAAAUCUUGGUCUGUCAUACAUAACCACUUUCUUCUGUACUCUUGACCCUUGCAAUAAAAACCAACGCUUCUAAAAA